AUGGUUAAAUUCUUAUUAAAAUUACAAGCUGAAUUAUCAAAUGUUACAGAUUUAGAACCAGUAGAUACUGUUGAUUCACCCUUUGAGUACACUUUUCAAAUUGAAUGUACUAAAUGUAGAACAACGCAUGAUAAAAAUAUAUCCAUAAAUAGAUUUGAAAAACAUGAAAUAUCAGGUUCAAGAGGUGAUGCUUCGUUUGUAUUUAGAUGUAAAGAAUGUAAAAAUGAACUGUCUGCAACUAUAGAAAGAACAAAAAAUGUGUUUACAAUUGAAGAUAAAAAAUGGAUACCAAUAUUAGAAAUAGAUGCUAGAGGAAUUGAUUUUCAACAAUUUAUACCAUUGGGUUUAUUUAAAGCUGUUGGAUUAGAUACAAAUACUAAAUUUAAUGAUAUUGAAAUUGAUGAAGGUGAAUGGUAUGAUGUUGAUGAUAAAAAUAAUGAAGAAGUUUCAAUUACUGAAGUAAAAUGGGAAAUUUCAAGAAGUUGA